AUGCUGAAUUUGAUUAUGAUUUUCAAAAUCUAAGUCGCUGUAAUGGUUUAAAAGUAGAUUAGCCAAAAAAUUAACUUAUAAUCAUAUGGGUUUGAAUGGUUUAAUUAAAAAAGAGAACAGUGGUUUAGGAAAUGGAAGAAAAAUUAGUUAUAGCUGAUUAAGAUGAAAAUGCUGUUAUUUGAUAAUGAAUUUUUGGAGAGGAGAAUUCACUGGAUUAUGGGAAUAAGAAGCAGAUUUUAGAGAAUAAAAAAUGAAUGA